AUGAGUAAUUUUGUAGAAGAUUCUGAAAUCGAGACUAAUUAUACUGAAAUAGUCGAUGGCUUCGAGAAGUUGGAGUUAAAACCAGAACUUCUUCGUGGUAUAUAUGGUUAUGGUUAUGAAAAGCCAUCGGCCAUUCAACAGCGAGCUAUUAAGCCAUCUAUCGAGGGUCGUGAUGUUAUCGCUCAAGCUCAGUCCGGUACAGGGAAAACGGCAACAUUCGCCAUCAGCAUUUUACAAAGGAUAGAUAUUACAUCAAACACUUGUCAAGCCCUUGUCCUCGUACCAACCAGGGAACUUGCAAGACAAAUCCAAACGGUUAUGCAACGCAUUGGUUCCUAUCUAACCGUCAAAUGCCAUACAUGUAUCGGGGGGACAAGGACCUCUCAUGAUAUGGCGUGCCUCCAACAGGGUCAGCAUGUUGUUGUGGGUACUCCUGGUCGUGUUUUUGAUAUGAUGAAUCGUAAUACUCUGGCAACCGCUAAUAUCAAGGUUUUCGUGUUGGACGAAGCUGAUCAAAUGCUUGAUCGUGGUUUUGAACCCCAAAUUAAAGAAAUAUAUAGAUUUUUACCUGACACUUCUCAAAUCAUGUUACUGUCUGCGACUAUGCCGAAACCAAUGCUUUCUGUUGCGCGGAGUAUAAUGCAUGAUCCUGUUCAAAUACUGAUUAAGAAAGAAGAAUUAACAUUGGAUGGGAUCAAACAGUUUUAUAUCAAUGUGUGCAGAGAAGAAUACAAAUUAGAGACCUUAAUGGACUUAUAUGGAAUAAUGAAUUUAAGUCAAGUCGUUAUUUUCGUUAACUCUGUAAACAAGUCCACACAUAUUUCUCAUGAGCUUAGGCUCAAAAAGUUCCAAGUUUCGUGCAUUCAUAGUGAUAUGGAUCAAGAAAAACGUGAUGCAGUUAUGGAGGAAUUCCGUAGUGGAAGAUCACGAAUUUUGCUAUCCACUGAUAUUCUGGCGCGUGGUAUUGAUGUACAGCAAGUCUCUCUAGUCGUUAACUAUGACUUACCUAGUAAUCGUGAGACAUAUAUUCACAGAAUCGGGAGAGGAGGUCGUUUUGGAAGAAAAGGUACAGCCAUCAACUUCAUCGUUGAUUCAGAAAUAGAAGCUCUGAGUGACUUGCAGCAAUAUUUCAACACAGAAAUUCUUGAGAUGCCUGAUGACAUUGUUGAUUUUCUGUAA